AGUGACUCACGAGCCGAGCAGAAUGAAGUUGUCAGCAGAGCACAGUGAUCGUAUGAUGGCGCAGCAUGUCGCCCGUUCGCGUUUCGCGCCGGCAACGAUUCUUUUAUUACUUGUUCCCGCGUGCAUCGCCCAGCUAGCAAACGUCAACGCGGCGCCGACGUCGACGUCAACGUCAACGACGACGCUCGACCAGCCAGAGGUGAAAUCGGCGCCCGUGAUAAGGUCGGCGAUCGCGUUGUCGGUCCUGCCGUUCGGCGCUGCCGACGAUCGCCGCCCCCUCGUCGAGUUCCUGGGCGCCGGUCUCGGCCGCGAACUCGUGCUACGAUGGUCGUCGUCGUCGAACGAUUGCCCGACGUCGUCGGACGACGCUCUCCUGGACGCGGUGUGGACGUCGUCGGCGCGCGAUCGUGCGAUCUACGAAUUUCGGACGAUUCCCGUAAACGCCAAUUCUGUUGGUGUCGUCUAUUUUUGUCUGAGAAACGCCAGCGAUGACGAUGGUGGAGACGGGAGGAGAUGGAGCAACCUUGGCGAUCGUGUCUCGAUAAAAAUCCCGGUACGACCGGAAAAACAUCUUCGUAUGCGACGAGAUGAUUUCUCCUUCAACAAUCUCGAAACUCUCACUGCUCAAAAUUAUACGGACUCGCAUAUCGAAGGAUUGCGGAUCGAGACGGCCGAAAAGGAACCCUCUCAUAGCGAUGAGGGGAUUCCUGAGAUCCGGGCAGGAACUAAGGCGGUAAUCCGUUUAUUCGGCACUGGUAUCACGCCAGAUACCCUGAUUGCCUUCACCGAUAAACCAGCCGAAAGGGGCACAGUUUGCGAUAAAAUUAAAAGCGACGAGUUUCCAGUGGAAAAUAUACAGAAAACUACAGCGACCGUUCGCGUGGUGCUUCCUCUGGGAUCGUCAUUUUACGUAUGCGUGAAACGGCCGAUAUACGAAAAGGAUAAUCUGAAGGACCAGGUGCCUUUGUUUAAACAUCAAGGCACUGCACAGUAUAAUACUAUCCGCACAUAUAAGACAUUACUACCGCUCUGGCUCACUAUCAUCAUCAUUCUCCUUUGUCUCAGUUUUUCCGCGCUCUUCUCCGGUCUUAAUCUCGGUUUAAUGUCGAUAGAUAGGACCGAAUUGAAAAUACUCGUCAAUACCGGCACAGAAAAAGAGAAAAGAUAUGCGAGAACUAUUCAGCCGGUAAGAGAUCACGGAAAUUACCUUUUGUGUUCGAUUCUGUUUUCCAACGUUCUUGUCAAUUCAGUGUUCACGAUAUUAUUGGAUGAAUUGACAUCCGGGUUUGUCGCUAUUAUCUGCUCAACAUUAGCUAUUGUCAUUUUCGGCGAAAUCACGCCGCAGGCUGCUUGCAGCAGGCACGGAUUGUGCGUCGGUGCAAAGACUAUUUAUCUCACCAAAUUGACAAUGCUAAUCACUUUUCCAUUAAGCUAUCCAAUCAGUAAACUCCUAGAUUUUGUUCUAGGUGAAGAGAUUGGGAAUGUAUAUAAUCGAGAACGUUUGAAGGAAUUAGUCAAGGUAACGAAUGAAUACAACGAUUUAGAGAAAGAUGAAGUAAAUAUAAUUGCAGGAGCGUUAGAGCUACGAAAGAAGACUGUAGCGGAUGUAAUGACUAGAAUCGAAGAUGUAUACAUGUUGAACUAUAACGCUAUUCUAGACUUUGAAACUGUGUCUGAAAUUAUGAAAUCAGGAUUUUCGCGUAUACCAGUGUACGAAGAUGUAAGAACGAAUAUAGUGACGAUGUUAUAUAUCAAAGAUCUCGCGUUUGUUGAUCCCGACGAUAAUAUGCCGCUCAAAACACUUUGCCAAUUUUAUCAAAAUCCAUGCAAUUUCAUUUUUGAGGAUGUUACAUUAGAUAUAAUGUUUAAACAAUUCAAGGAAGGUCAUAAAGGCCAUAUGGCUUUUGUGCAGAGAGUUAACAACGAAGGCGAAGGUGAUCCGUUUUAUGAGGUGAUUGGUUUGGUUACAUUGGAAGAUGUUAUUGAGGAAUUAAUUCAGGCUGAGAUUAUUGACGAAACAGAUGUGUUUACGGAUAACAGAAAUAAACGUAAAAGACAGGUUCGUCCAAAAAUGCCAACAGAUUUCACCAUAUUUGCAGAGAAAAAAGAAAAUCAACGAAUUCACAUCUCUCCACAGUUGACUUUGGCGAUGUUCCAGUACUUAUCCACGACUGUGGAUACGUUUAAAUCAGAUAUUAUAUCGGAACCGAUUCUGCGACGUUUAUUGAAGCAAGAUAUUAUUUAUCAUAUUAAGGUAAAAUCGCGUGAAAAAGCCAAAAGUGAUCCUACUGCAAUAAUCUACCAACAAGGAAAAGCUGUCGAUUACUUUGUAUUAAUUUUGGAAGGUCGUGUCGAAGUGACAGUUGGCAAAGAAAAUAUGAUGUUUGAAAGUGGUCCUUUUACAUAUUUCGGAUCGCAAGCUCUUACCGCUAACAUUGGAAUUGCCGAAUCACCCACGAAUGCAAAUCCACAAACAGUCGGUAGCAUUCAAUCUGUUAAUCUAGAUUCUAUGCUGCGUCAUACUUUUAUACCAGACUAUACAGUGCGUGCAGUGACCGAGGUAUUUUAUGUAAAAGUCAAAAGAUCUUUGUAUCUUGCUGCGAAGCGCGCUACACUUUUGGAAAAAAGGCAAAAAGAUCCAUUGCCUACUCAAGAACAAUUCGAUGAUGAAGUAGAGAAGUUGCUGCAUUCUUUGGAGGAAGACGAUCGUAGUGUACCUGAGUCUCCGGUGUUGCCUAUGGACAAACUCGUGGAAAACGAGAAAGCAAAGGAUAUUUUGAUUCAUUCACCUGUACGCAGCGCAACAGCGCCCACAUCGCCAAUUCCAGUUAGCGCCAGUCCAAUCACCAAUUCGAAAUUUACCUCACCGCGAAAUGACGGAAAAACGAAAAAUUUAUCAGCAAAGAUCCAAACGAGUCCAAUGGAAACUCAGGCCAAACGCGAUUCUUUAAACAUGCUGGAUAUGGACAUUAUCAACCGACAGUCUGAAGCCGCACGAUUGUUGUCCAGUACCAAAAGAGUAAACGACAAUGAGGAACGGACAAAUCUUUUGCCUAAGCAGGAUCACUCUUAACGUUUGCAGAAUGGCCGACGAUAUACGAUUCUGUCGGCGAAAUCGAUAACAUUAAGAACAUCGAGCGACACAGAGCGAAACAUGCUGGCAUGACACAUAUUGCUACUGUGACACUAGGUACUUCACGAAUUAUUUAGAUAUUUAUUAUAAAAGAGGAGAAAUUUCAUAUUUUUAACGAUUAGCUUAAAAGCUGUACCCAUGUGCCUUUUAUAAGUUGUUAUUUUAUUCCUAGAUACAUUUUUAUAUAAAUUAUUUUAGUGUAAUAAUUUAUAUACAAAAAAGAUCAAAAGAAUACAUGAUCGAUUGUUGUCAAUAGCAGUCAAUAGAUAAUUGUUAAUAGCAUUUAAUUAUUUAUGAUAAAAUUAAGAUACAAUCAUGAUUACACAGACUCCAUCAAGUUAUUUAAAUGUGCAAAAAAUUAACUCAUAGAAAAAUUAUUUGAAUUAUAUGCUGAUUCUACCUUCAA